AUGAGGCCAAACGAUACGUCCCACAGCUUGAGCAGUCCUGUUUCUACAAACGACAUAGGCUCUGCCAAUGGGUCCCCUGACACCAAGCUUACAGCAUAUUCGCCUGAGGAUAUGCGAUCUACCUGCCUUCGCUCUGACUCCAACAUUGGUGACCCAUUGGGCGACAUUGGCAAACGAAAGUUAUACCUGACAUCAUCCUCUGACCCCUUUCUGGUGUCAACGAACACUUCUACCCGUGUUCAACUUUCACCAACAGCAGCAAGCUUCACACCAUUUGGCGUGGCAGACAACGUUCUAUCUAGGAGCAAGGCACCUUCACUGUCUCGAGGAUUUUCCGGCGUUGGCUAUCUAACAGCAAGCUCGGAUAUUGAUCCAUGCGAAGCUAGGAAUGGCCCUCUCCAGGCCUCGGACAGAUACUCACUGAAGUAUGGAGUCAUAGGCAAUAGUCAGGCUGAUACGAGGAACCGUCCGAAUAUCAUGGACUACCAGACAUUCGGCAGCGAGAACCAUAGCCGAGCCCUGGUUAUUGAAAAUGUGCCGAAAAAUCUUACCUAUAUGUCAUUGGCUGGAUUUUUCAAUCGUCGUGAAUUUAGCUCCCUCAGAGGCCCCGUGCUUUCAGAACUCAAUUCCAUGGGCAAGGUCUAUGUCGCAUUCACGGACAGUCGGGAAGCGACCAAGGCAAUAGAGAAGGUCAAAGUCCUGAGGCCUGAAUGGCACAUCUCUACGAUUGCACCUAAAGAAUAUGUCAAACAUGUUGAGCCUUCUCUUCUGCCACAGACUUCUAACUACGAGGGUCAGCUGCUUGUCACCGUCUAUUAUGACGGCAGAAACCCCAACCUCAAUCAGCACACUGUUGCUCGCUCACUUGAAACCCUCUCUAUGACAUUCGGUGACAUAAGGUCUUUCACAUCCUUGCCAACUGAGCAAGAAAAUAUUGGCGAAUUUCAUAUUGAGUACUUCAACACGCGUGAUGCUGAGAACGUUUUGACCACCCUUAAUGGGACGUCGGUUGAUGAUUGCAUCCUAGACAUCUCUCUUUUCAGGCCAGAUAUAGAAGAGAGAAAGUGCGAGCUGCCAUUUACGGCUGAAACACCUUCAAGAGAGGAAUUCCCUCCAGCCGAGGAGGCUUCUUUCACAAAGUCCACAUCGUGGACCUCAGUUAGACCGGGCCGUGCUUCCUUCAUGGAAUUAAGCCCUACCGGUCGUUCCACGGUGCCCCCAGGUGAACAUGCUAGUCUCAUAGACUGGAUGUCUAAGGCUGGUGAAAGGAUCUUCCCCUCUCCUCGCCGCGAACUUAGCCGCUAUCCUGAUUUACGCAUGGGCAGCCAAAAUGCAGUCGAUAUAGAGAGAAUACGUCUCGGCUUGGAUGUCAGAACGACGAUUAUGCUCCGCAACAUCCCUAAUAAAAUCGACCAGGCUAUGCUCAAAGCUAUUGUGGAUGAGACGAGCCAUGGAAAAUAUGACUUUAUGUACUUACGGAUAGAUUUCGCAAAUAACUGCAACGUCGGGUACGCCUUUAUAAAUUUCGAAGAUCCGAUUGAUAUCAUUGAUGUUAGUAUCGUCCUGGUUCUCUUCAUCGAAAUCACUGAUUUCAUGUAG